UUCUCCGUCUGACCAAGGCGUUGCUCUCCCGAUCAUAGGUUGCUUCUCUCGGAGCGCAUCGUGCGCAGCUCGUGCUGCGCGUCCGCCGCGCGAAUGAUCUAUUUCCUUCUCCCUUCUCGACCUCCUUUUACUGCGAGUCGCGUCCUUCUUGCUCGCUUGGCCUCCGUCGACCUCGCGCGCGGCUAUUACCGUCUCUUUCUCUGCGUCCCCUUCCGAUACCGAACUCGGUUCCCUUCAUUCUUCACCGCGUGCCCUUCGUUGAUGCAACGUGCGCAGCUCGUGCUGCGCGUACGCCACAUCGAGCGCUCGUUUUCUCCCUCCGUUCCCCGUGUUUUUUUCCUCCGUCUCUGUCACUGGAGACUUCUUCACUCUUUUCAGCCAUUCGAGCUUUCAUUCUCGCACCGACCACCCCUGCCACCCUGCUCGCUCCAACCAAUCGUCCUCCCUCUACCUUGCGUCUCUCGGAUUUGUAGUUUCUCUCGUUUCUUUUGAUAACUGAGUCGACGCGUUCAACAGCACCCUGUCCUUAUUCCUCCUCCUUCUCUCGUCUUCGAUCCCUCUCGUGGCUUGCCCUUGCCCCCUCUGAGAAGUUACGACCGAUACAAAGUACCUGCAGUCCCUACCCCAUCCGCGCGCACACGCGUGCGCUGACACACACGUAUCCGCGCAAAAAAAAGGAAGAGGAAAAACGCACCCUCUACCCUCCGCCGCCUUCGUAUACCCGCAUACGUCGGACGCAUGCGCGGCCCUUCGGCUAUAUAAGCCGAGCUGCUCUCAUCCCAGCUCACAUUCAAUCACACCCACUCAUACCCGCGCGGUCUCGCAGGAAAAAGGGAAAGGACGAGACGAGGCACGAGGACCGAACCGGUCCGCCAUCCCAUCCUCGUGUCGUGCACGUGUACAUCGUUCCGUCACUCUCCCUCUCUCUCCUUCCCACCGUAUCCGACGAAAGAGUUCUCUCCCUCUCUAUUUUUUCUUUCUCCCUCUCUCUUUCUCUCGUUUACACAUACGCGUGCAAGUCACGAGUCCUCGAGCACCCGAGGAGCACUAUCCGGCUGCUGUUGCUGCCGUUGUUGCUGCUGCCAAUUCGCCUCGGCAUCCUCGACGGAACCACGACCGGUUUUUCUCGGCCACUCGCCUGCUCACGGCGCCAGCAUAAAGAUCACGUACGCCGUGAUGCCCACCGGCGAUCCAGUCCGAUUCAUCGACAGCGGCAGCGGCGCGUCAAUCGCACGGCGUGCUGUUAAGACCACUCUGAAGAAUCUGAAGAGAUGGUGCACCAGGUUGCGGCUGGGCGCAACGUCUCACGUCGUCGUCGUCGUCGUUGUCGUCGACCUCAAGAGCGACCGGCAAACACACUCUGAUGGGACCACAAAAUUUUCCCAUGAUGGCAGAACCUUGCUGAUAACGAAGAUCGAUCAGGAGGAAGAGCGUCAUCGCGCUGACGAGAACUUGGAGAACGAGCUGAGGGAGAGUCUGGCGAGCAACGGUCAGUCCAAGACGUAUAGAGGCGACGAGGACAACUGCGACUAUCUACUCGAUGAUCAACAGCUCGGUAGAAGAUAAUGCAUCAUCCGUUAGAGAUCUAUCGAGAAUCGAGGCUGGCGCAGGAGUUUUUCAACGUGUGACGAGGACUUGAAGAUCCUACUUCGAACGGUGUGUGCGGGAUGACGCCCGCAGGGAACGCAAUACGAUACCAUCGUGUGUGAUCAUAGACGAUCCAGGAAGAGAAAGAGAGAGGAGAGAUGUCUUAACCCCCAAGAUUUUACGCCGCAUAAAAGAAUUCCUUACGCACGGGGCCCCCUAAUCUUGUCCCAAAGUGGCAGAAUAUUGGGUUACGUUUUCAAGAUUCUUGAAAAUAUUGUCAAAUAUUUGAUGCCGUUUCUAAGGAAAUGCUUUUCAAAGUAUCCGUCAAUGUUGGCCGAAAUUUGACAUCCCAAUACAUUUUGAUAAUCGCAUUGUCAUCUUUUUAUAUACAAAAAUAAUACAAUAACAAUACAUUGAAAAUUAAUUAAACACGUAAUUAAUAAUACUUCUAUUUUACGACACAGUAUUUUUGCCACUUAAAUAAUUAACGAUUAAAUAAAUUAAAAAUAGAAUCUUGCAAACAAAAAGUAAAUUUUUUAUUUGUAAGAUUGCAAUAUUUGUAUAUCUGGUUAUCAAUUAUCUCUACAACUGUUAAAUAAAUUGUUAAAUAAAUGUAUGAAAACGGA